UAUGUUUGUCCCAAUUCUCACUUAUUUUUGGUCAUGUGUGAAUUACUGAAUAUGCAUAAUGUAGCAUGUGACAGAAAGCAAAAAGAUUUAUGCAACUGGACCUUAAGUGUUAACGUCAACAAGAUCUCAUUCUGAAAUGACAAUGGUUUUUUUUUUUUUCUAUAAUGUGCCUUUAUUUAUCGUGAAUAAUUGGAGGAGGGGGAUUAUUAUUAAUAAGGUUGAUCGCGCAGUCAGCACAGCUAUCUACUUCUUGCUGCCUUCUGGGAGUGUGUUACACCUUCAUCGAAUCCCUUGUGCAGAAACAUGGCAUUUUUAUUUGGGAGAACCUUUGACGGUAUUGGAACCAAAUGAAAGAGACGGGUAGGUCAAAUUAACCUGCCUUGGAUCUGAUCUAAUUGGAGCCAACCAGCAGCCACAAUACACUGUGCCUCCAAACGUGUGGUUUGGUGCAUUUCCAACAAAUGACUACAUCAUCACCCCAGAUGAGGCAGUUGCCAAAGCUGCUCCAAGGGAUACUGAGAGCCAUUACUCCCUUGUGGGCUGCACUUGUGCGCCUGCCUUUCAAUUCGAGGAUUUUGAGCUGGCAAAACGCUCCGAGCUGAUUUCACGGUUUCCAAAUCAUGAGCAUCUCAUCUCUUUGAUGACAUUUCCUGAUAAUGUAGUAUACCCAUCUGGUAAGAAGUGUAAGCCUGAAGACAGUUAAAUGGAAGAUUUUAUUUUGGCUUGUAAUGGCGAUGUGGAUAAUUUUCCUAUGCUGCAGAUCUUGGCACAACACUUUUGUGUAUUCAAAAAUUCCAUUUAGUAUUAAUGCUGUUAUAAGAUUAAACGCAACA